AUGAGCGUUGCACAAACUUUGGUUCGUCUGUCUCUGAGCCGUGCUAGAGGUGACAACACCGCCAAUUCUCCAACCUUGUAUGAACUUCUUAGUCAACUGGGCCAAGGGGAAUGUGCAGACGUCCGUGAUAGGAUCUACUCACUACUUGGGCUGUUCCCCGAAGGGCCGAGCCUACAGAUCGACUAUCUCAUUAGUACUCAUGCGCUUUUCUUCAACGUGCUACUAGCACUUGAACGCAAGAGAGGAUUCCGUGACUGCCUGGUCUUAAGGCGUUCUCUGAACCUCACCCACCAGGAUCUAGAGGACUACUGGGCCAGUCACAAGCGGCAGCACAGUAACUCUGAGGAUAUAGCGACCCACUUGGCGGAACUCAAGUCGAUCAAGGAAUGGAGCAGUCCACUAGCUCUAGAAAUCGACUUUACUCCCUUACAUGCCGAAAUAAGAUUCAGCGAUUAUAUUUAG